UAUUGGCUUGGUGUGUUUUCCAAUCAUGACGUUAACUAUAUUUAAUUGUUGUGCUUUAAAAAUUACGCCGCCUCAGAAACAUGCUUUCAGGCAGUUUUCCUUCAUUCUGCAGCAUUUUAAACCAAAGGCUUCCAGUUUGACCCGCAGCUCCUCCUUUUCUGAGCGUCCUUCCAAUACCACCUAUCAGCACUAUUCCUUCACCACUGCAUGCCUCUGUUGGCACACGUGACCAGUCUUUCUUGUCAUUGGUUCAGUUGUUUCAUACCUACAAAGUGUGUUCCUCAUCUAACCUGUUUACUUACCUGAGGGGCGUCUGCUGAGCAGGUUGUCUCAGUGAGGCUCCAGAAGAACAACACAUUCGCCGUAUGUGUUGGAACAUGUUUGCGGAGAAGGAUCCCCCGCCGGCUGCUGACUCCGACACAGAGCCCCCCGUCAUGGUCUCGUCCUCAUCUCACACCUCCAGGCUGAAGUACGUGUCUCUGGGUGUGCUGGUGCUGCAGACCACCUCGCUGGUUCUCACCAUGCGUUACUCCCGAACCCUGAAGGAGGACGGCCCCCGAUACCUGGCCUCCUCCGCCGUGGUGUCGGCCGAGGUGCUCAAAAUCAUCACCUGCACCUUCCUCGUCUUAAUGGAGAACAAUUAUAACAUGCGGGCAAUGAACCAGCUGUUGAAGGAGGAGAUUGUGAACAAACCCGUGGAGACCCUGAAGCUGGCCGUUCCUGCAGGGAUCUACACGCUGCAGAACAAUCUGCUCUAUGUCGCCUUGUCCAACCUGGACGCAGCCACAUAUCAGGUCACAUACCAGUUGAAGAUCCUCACCACAGCGCUCUUCUCUGUUUCAAUGCUGGGGAAGAGGUUGGGCUUGUACCAGUGGCUCUCGCUGCUUUUGUUAAUGGCUGGAGUCACUCUAGUGCAGUGGCCCUCGGACUCUGGAGGUGACGCUGAGGAGAAGGCUCUGUCUGCAGGCUCCCAGUUUGUAGGACUGAUGGCCGUGCUGAUGGCCUGCGUGUCCAGUGGUUUUGCUGGAGUUUACUUUGAGAAGAUCCUCAAGGAGACUAAACAGAGUGUUUGGGUUCGCAACAUACAGCUGGGUUUGUUCAGCUUUGUGUUGGGCUUCAUAGGAAUGAUGGUGUACGACGGCCAAAGCGUGAGACAGUCGGGGAUGUUUCAGGGCUACAGCACCGUCACCUGCAUCGUUGUCGCCUUACAGGCUGUGGGCGGCCUCGUCGUCGCAGUAGUCAUCAAAUACGCAGACAACAUCCUCAAAGGAUUUGCCACCUCUCUGUCUAUAAUCCUGUCCACACUUAUCUCAUAUUUCCUGUUGAAGGACUUCAGCCCCACCGGGUUGUUUUUCUUAGGAGCAUUGCUGGUAAUUGCUGCCACGUUUCUUUACGGCUACGAGCGAAAACCCGCCAGCAGCAGCAGCGGCAUCAAAGUGUAGACCUCUGUGAGGUGUGAUACCUGACAGGAGAGAUGGCAGCCAUCCAGCCUGGACAGAGCAGGACUCUAUGAACUGUGAUGAUGAAUGUGGCAUCUGGAUUUUACAGAUGUGGGGAAACAUAGAAGCGAUUUAACCCGUUACUGUCUGACAGCUGCAGCUGUGUGGGAAUGUGCCCAUUCACUUCUCUGGAAAAAAGAACUGCUUCUUUGCACAAAAGAUGGGAUGAAUAUUGUGAAAUACAUUAGAUUGGUAAGGUUUUUCUAAGAGGGAAAUUGUGGAGCUAUGUUGUCACGUCGACACAUACUGAUGCAAUAAACCAAAACAUACUAUAAGUGCAAUUUAAAGGGAGAUUUUGAGGAAACCAUGACAUUGUAGAUAUUUUAAAACUGAAGCUUUAUAAUUCAGUGCUUGUGUAUGUAUAUGAUAUGGGAUAAUGGGGGUGAAUGGGGUUUAUUUUCAAAACAUAAAGGUCAUUAUUAAUGAUUCACAUAGUGCCUGAGUGUGAAAGAGCAAAAUCCUCGACAGAGCUUCCAUCUAGUGGUGGAACGAGGAGCAAACUUGCUGCAAAGAGGAGGGGUUACUUCUGUCCAAAGAUGCUGAAUGUCCUUUUUUUUUUCUCUACCAGAUGAGAUGAGGUCUCAUAUAAAAGGGAUAGGACUGCUUUGACCUUGCUGCUCACAGUCUGAGUAUUUAUAUCAAAAGCACUCGAUCUAUGGUUAUUUAAAUGCAAAAACAAAGGUCUUUAUGUGAGAACAAAUGAAUAAAUUAAGGUAUCUUUUAUGAGGAAACAA